CAAAACCCUCUUCCUGCAAGUAUGGAUAGGGAGUAGUGUCUAGUGUCAAGUGUCGAGUGUCAACCUUCCUAGUUCGCAGUAUUAGUCCCUUACCCAGAAAACUAACACACGCACACACCAGCAAUGGCCACACUCUCUACCUUCUCGUCAUCUCUGCACUCAAUUCCUAGACCCAAUUCUCAAAGAAUUCAUUCUCAUUCUCUCUCCUUUCUCCAUUUCCAAUCCCAUGGAUUUUCCAGUUCUUUCAACAACAUUAUAUUAAAAAACACCACAAAGGGUAGGACUUCAUUUUUCCAUGGAAUUAGAAAAUUAAAGUCACUUGAAGAGGACACCCAAAUCUCAGAAGAAGCCCAAGUAGAAGAACAACCUGAACAACAACAAACGGUGUCUGUCCCUGUCUCUCCUUCUGACACUCUUACCAUGUUCUUUCAGGCAGAGGGAACAAUGAAUGAAACUGCUAUUCCUACUGUGACCAAGGCCUUGGAGGGAUCUGAGGGCAUUACAGAUUUGAAGGUUCAAGUCCAAGAGGGUAUUGCAAGUGUUGAGUUAACAAAACAAACAACCGCGCAAGCUACAGGAGUGGCUUCUAGUUUAGUUGAGCUCAUACAAGGUUCAGGUUUCAAGUUGCAGACAUUGAAUUUGAGUUUUGCGGAUGAAGAGGAUGCCCUGGUUUAGACCAUGCAAUUUUUGUCAGCUGGAAAAGCAAGAAACAUAUGUACUUUCUACAUUCUAUUUUCUAAAAGUUCCAUGUAUUCUUGAUGCAUAAGCUUGGACGUAAAUUUAUACCAUUGAUCGACAGUUGUUGUAGGCUAUAAUUGAAUGAUGAUCUUGAUUGAUGACAUUCUGUUUGAACUGUUUUCCCAUUGGGUGUAGUAUUCUGCACUUUAUGGUUUUGUUUCGGUA